AUGGAGGAGCAAGAGCGGCCUCGAAAAUUAGCCAAACUCGAUCACGACGAAGAUACCACCCACGAGGAGCUCAGCCCGGCCAUGACUGGCGCUCAUGAUGUUGCCAGCAACGAGCCGGAGCCCGCGUGCGCUCAGAUUGGCAACGAACCUCUCGAUCUCUCGGAAUUCACAGUUCACAAGGAUACAAAAACUGCCAAUGAACCUACAACUCAAGAUGCUCAGGGGGCCCCGGCUGUAAUGUCGAAAAAUCAAAUGAAGAAAUUACGCCGUGCGGAAGCUCACCAGCAAAAGCGCGCGCUUCAAAAGUCCCAGAAGAAGGACAAGAUCAUACAAAAGCGAGAGCGUCGCAAAGCUAUGAUUGCAGAGGCACGAGAAAAAGGCGGCGAGGAAGCUGCGAACAAGCUCCUGGUCUUAUGGCGGGGCAAAAAAGCCAAGCACACCAAGUCAACACUCUUACCUCUUACAUUCGUCAUGGAUUGCGGCUACGACGAUCUGAUGUCUGAUAGAGAGCGCAUCUCAUUAGCUGGUCAGCUCACGCGCUCAUACUCGGACAACAGCCGCGCACUCUACAAUGGGCACAUGAUAUUCUCGUCAUUCAACAAAUUACUGAAGGAGCGAUUUGACACCGUACUGGCAUGCCACAAGAACUGGAAACGGGUUCGCUUUCUACAGGAUGACUUUGUACGUGCUGGCGAGCUGGCCAAACAACAGAUGACAGCCCCGCGAGGAGGUCAACUCGCCGGACCGUUCGCUGAACAAACUGAUGCGAAGCCUGAGGACGGUGAAAUCAUAUAUCUCAGCAGUGAUAGUGAGAAUACUCUGACUGAGCUGAAGCCUUACAGCACUUAUAUUGUUGGAGCGCUAGUGGAUAAAAACCGACACAAGGCAAUUUGUUACAAGGAAGCGGUUGCAAAGGGCAUCAAAACUGCCAAAUUGCCUAUCGGGCAGUACAUUCAAAUGGCCCAUCGUCCGGUACUGGCCACCAACCAUGUCAUUGAGAUUAUGCUUCAGUGGUUGGAACUUCGUGACUGGGGCAAGGCGUUCAUGAAGGUUAUCCCUCCCCGGAAAGGUGGCGCUUUGAGGGCAGAUCAGAAGCGGGGCGAGGAAGAUGUCGAGAAUGGUGAUGAAGAUGUGAACGAAGAAGAUGCCGAAGCAGAACAGAUGAAACAGCUAGAGGAGAUUGCAGCUUUUGAGGAAGGAAGCGAGGACGAAAACGAAGAGAAAGAAUAG